CACUACCAGUCAGUGCCGACGUCAUCAGACUGAGUCGGUAAACGAAAACGUGCGUCGCGUCGUCCGCUGGAGCUGAGUGAUAAACAAAAAUAAAAAUAUUUGGAAUAAAUCUAAAAUAAGUGAAACGUUUGAGACGAUAUGGAUGAUGAAGAGGAGACAUACAGACUAUGGAAGAUUCGCAAAACCAUCAUGCAGCUGUGCCAUGAUAGAGGCUACCUGGUGACACAGGACGAGUUGGACCAGACACUGGAGGAGUUCAAGAGUCAGUUUGGUGACAAACCCAGCGAGGGUCGCCCUAGACGCACAGACCUCACUGUGCUGGUGGCACACAACGAUGACCCCACCGACCAGAUGUUUGUUUUCUUUCCUGAGGAGCCCAAAGUUGGAAUCAAGACGAUUAAGAUGUACUGUCAGAGGAUGCAGGAAGAGAACAUCACGCGAGCCAUCAUUGUUGUUCAGAUGGGCAUGACACCCUCAGCAAAACAGUCUCUAGUCGACAUGGCACCCAAAUACAUAUUGGAGCAGUUUCUACAACAGGAGCUGCUUAUUAACAUUACAGAGCACGAGCUUGUUCCAGAGCAUAUUGUUAUGACAAAAGAGGAAGUGACUGAACUUCUGGCAAGAUAUAAAUUAAAAGAGAGUCAGUUGCCGAGGAUCCAGGCUGGGGACCCCGUGGCUCGCUACUUUGGCUUGAAAAGAGGGCAGGUAGUAAAAAUCAUCAGACCUAGUGAAACAGCUGGGAGGUACAUCACAUACAGACUGGUCCAGUGACGAACAGAUGUUCAUCUGGAUCAACAUUUAGGAGGACCAGAGAGGGAAACUGAAAAGAUGUUACGUCUUUCAUCACUCAUCUAUAAAUCAUCAUCCUGCUUUUUGAGUUUAGAUUUAAAUAUUUCAUGUAA